UUCUACCCAUCGCUAUUAUCCCUCUCCUCCAUAAUCCCCACCCCACCCCAUCCCAGCUUACGUUAAGCCUCCCUCUCCUUCCGCUAUAAAUAUUCGUACCAUCGUGUCGCCACUUCCCCAUCCCCCAUCCGGCGAGCAACAAUACAUAUAUAAAAAAAAUGGCUGCAGGCUCCAUUCGCUCUCCAAUAUCAUCGUCUUCUUCGCUUCUACUCUCAUUCAACUCAAUACUACUCUUCCUUCUUGCUCUUUCCGUCACGGCUGCUUCGGCCGCCUUCGACGUCGGCCCCAUCCGCCUCGGCGACGACGGCGGCAUCGCCCCGGGGAGGAAGGUCGGGGGACGGGCGGAGGUGCGCGGCGUGCAGACCGACAGCCAAGUUCAAGACCUCGGCCUCUUCUGCAUCGAGGAGCACAAUCGCCGCCUCCGCCGCCGCGACGGCGGCGGUGGCGGCGGCGCCGCCACCUCGGCGGGGCUGCUGACCUUCGGGAGGGUGGUGGCGGCGCAGCGGCAGGUGGUGUCCGGGAUCAAGUACUAUCUCAGGAUCGCCGCCUUCGCCGACGGAGGGGAGAGGCGGAGCUUCGACGCCGUCGUGGUGGUCAAGCCGUGGCUCCCCUCGCGGACGCUGAUCUCGUUCGGGCCUGCGGUCGACCGGUACUGACCAUUGAUGAUCAGAUACAUGCAUUUCCGUGUGGCGUACUGGUGUGUGGUGUAGAGAGAUAAAUAGUUUGUUUUGAGCAAGGGACUGGCGUACUGGUGUAAUAAUAAUAAUGAGAGGCCAACGAAGAGGAGAAAAUAAGUGGUAGGAGUAAUUGUAAUAAUAAGCGUUAUGCAAACGAAGCUCACAAACUCAGUGAGUGGUGUUUUUUUGUA